GAGCGCAUGUCCAGGGAGGACUUGCAACGCCAAAAGUUUCUUCUGGACAUUGUGCAACGUGUUCAGCAGCCAUUGCAGCAGGAUGAUCUUAUAAAGCAGGACCAGGGCCUUAUCAUCGAUCCAGGAUACUAUCGUGGUGGAAUUGAUAAUGAAAUGCAGCGUGUGAUCGAUAUGGAUCGUCAGCGCCGUCUCCUAGAUGAGCACGAGGUCUACAGCAUUCGCAAUGUGGAGCAUGUUCAGCAGCUGCGUGGCGUCUAUCGCCUGCUGGUGCGCGCCAUCGACUUUGAGACACUGCAGCGUAAUGUUGUCUAUCUGAGACGUAACGUUAAUCCCGUGCUGCUGAUCAAUGCCCUAACACUAGCCAUCCGCGAUCGCGAGGACACCCAAUCAUUAAUCAUUCCUGCUGUGCAGGAGAUAUUGCCCGAGCUGUAUCUAGACCAGCAGACACUGGAGCGCGUGCAGCGUAUACAAGCGGAGAUUGAGAACAGCCCACGACCCUCUUUCGUAGAUGUCGUCGGACUAGGCCAACGUAUCCGUCAGAUGAAUCCCGUGAUGCGUAUGGUAAUGCCUUGGCGCGAUCUGCACAUGCAGCUGGCCCUUCGAAAGCAGCAGAUGUGGCAGCAGAUCCAAAAUCGUGUGGUGUUGCCCCUGCAGGGCACUCAGCAGGAUCAGGGCAUUUCACUGCUAACUGAAGACAUCGGCAUGCGCAAUUUUAUGCAAGGUCUAAUCCAAGAACUGGCGCUCCUUGAGGAGAGCUCGAAUGCCCGCCAACUGACCAACAACUACUUGGAAAGGGAAAUAGAAUUGGAAGGGGAGGGAAAUCGCCAAGACUACUACGAUAUCAAUAACGAUCGUCUGCUGGGAAUUAACCGCCGCCGUGUGCCCCAACAGCAAAACGAAGACGAGGACAUCUAUGACAACCAGCGCGAGCGUGUUUCGAGCUCAAUGCGCCGUGACGAUGAUGAUGAUGAAGAGGUACAAUUCGAAACUCAAUUGCAUGGCACUCGUGUUCCUCUGCUGCGUAACAUAGGUCAAGGAAUUAGACGCGUGUUGAGCGGUAACUGGGGAGAACGCUCCAUGACCAGUGACGUCAACGAAUUGCCCACAGUGGAUGUUCGCAGCGAUCGCUUGUUGCAUGUUGGUCGUCGUCGCCAGAACUUGAACCGCAACGAACCUGAGGAUGAGCAGCAGCAGUGGCGCUUGAGGGGCAUUGUGCGUGGUGAACGGCUAAGUGAGGGCCGCCGUGUGGAUCAGGAAAUGACUGGCAACCGCAGAAUCUUAAAUGAAGAUAACAUGCAAGACCUUACUGAUAACUUGCAAUCCGUUCCUCGUAAUGAUGAGCGCCUGGUGCACAUCAAUAGACGUCGCCUGGGUCAAACAACCGAUACCAUCUCGCCGCGUCGAGUUAGCCCGAUUGGAGUAGGCCGCAGUGUGGGUACCAUAAAUGAUGAGGACAUUAUUCAGCUGAUGCGCAGUGAUAACCGUCUGAAUCAAUUGGGCGAUGAGGAGAUCUUGGAGAUGGUGCGCCGCAACCGUCAGCUUAAGGAGCAAACGCUACAGGGCCGCUUCAUGGGCAUUGUACGUGGCGAUCGCCUGAGCGAGGGUCGUCGUGUUGGUGACGUUGAUGCCAUUCGGGAUGAAGACAUUUUGCAGUUGAUACGCAGUGAUAACCGCCUGAAAGAAAUGAGCGAUGAGGAGAUCAUUGAGAUGGUGCGUCGCAACCGUCAGCGCAAAGAACAAACCCAACAAGAACGCUUCAUGGGCAUUGUACGUGGCGAUCGACUAAGCGAGGGCCGUCGCGUUGAUGACGUUGAUGCCUGGAGGAAUGAUGACGUUAUGCAGUCGAUACGCAGUGGCAGCCGUCUGGGCCAGAUAAGCAAUGAUGACAUCAGCGAGAUGCUGCGUCGCAAGCAACAGGAACGCUUCAUGCGUGUUGACCGUCAGGACGAAAGCAUGCGCAGUGCAACUGACAACCUCCAAACCGUGCGCCGUGAUGACGAGCGAUUGGUCCAUAUCAAUAGACGUCGCAUUAGUCAGUCCACGGACAACACAAGUCCGCGUCGUGUUAACACAAUUGCAGAGGGUCGUCGCGUUGAUGGCGAGGAUACAAUGAAAGUUGAGGACAUUAUGCGUCUAAUCCGCAGCGACAAUCGUCUAAGUGAGCUCAGCGAUGAUGAGAUCGUUGAGAUGCUGCGUCGCAAUCGCCAGCGCAAAGACCAGGAACAAAAACUGAACAUGGAGCAGGGACACCGCUACCGACGCAGCUUGGCCAACACCUUGGAUGAGUCCACGACUCGUCGAAGUGAAAUGCUGCUGCAGACCCUGCGCCAGUUGUUGGCACGCCUGAACCAGGAACGUAUUGCCAUGCGAAUGGUCAAUGACGAAUAUCAGCUAAUCGACAAUUCCCGCCUGAACAAGCCCAACCAAGACAUUUCUCAGCGUUAUGCUGUCCGCUUGAACGACAGGCGCUUGGACUCCCGUCGCAAUCGAGUUCUGCUUGAGCAAAUCAAUGUCAUUGAGGGUCGGCUGCAACAGGUGAUUGGCCGUGUGAUCAGCGAGAUUAGCAACGGCAACGUCGGUAGAUCUACCAUGAAGCAGAUUGACGAGCAGCUGCGCCUGGAGCGUCUAAUUGGCGAUGUUCUUAUUGGUCGCAUAGGAGAUAUAGGAAUCCUGCGCAUAUUGCGUGAGCUGCUUCAGGAUGCGACUGUUCGCAUGGAUCGCUCUGGACUGGGCAUCAGCAUGGGUGACCGCGUGCUGCAGUACACACUGCGCAGAAUAAUAGGCAUUGUGGAUGAAAUACGCGAACAGCAGUUGGGCGUCUAUAAUCGUGGAAUCCUGGACUUGCAGGAUGUUGUCAUUAACGAUCUGCGCGUCGACAAGCUGCGCACUUUCAUCGAGGACGGCGACAUUGAUGUGACCAGCCUGGUUGAUCAGCCUCAGCAAUCACAAGUGGUGGUGCGACAACGCCGUCUGAACAACAAGCCCUUCACCAUCGACAUGGACAUAAGCGCUAAGAGCCCACGUGAUGUGAUCAUUCGCCUGUUUUUGGGACCUCGUCAGGAUGCUAAUGGCCGUGAGCUGCCCCUGGAGCAGCGUCGCUCCGACUUUGUGCUUCUAGAUGCCAUCAAUACCCAACUGCAGACUGGCCGCAAUCGCAUUCAGUACCGCUCCACGAACAUUGCCUGGACCACACGUGAUGCCACGCCCUACAGCGAGAUCUACCGUCGUGUGAUGACUGCACUGCGCGGUGAACAGGACCAGCUGAUAAUAAGUGAUCUGGUUGGCGAGAAUGGCAGCUUCCCUCAGCGCUUGCUGUUGCCUCGUGGUCGCCCCGAGGGCCUGCCCAUGCAGUUGCUUGCGAUUGUCUCGCCCGUCGAGCGUCUGCAACUCGAGCUUCCCGUUCGCAUGAAGCGCCUGGAUGGCGUUAUGGGCAUUAGCAUGGCUUCCAUUGUGGACAACCGUCCUCUGGGCUUUCCGCUGGAUCGACGAAUUGAAAACGAGCAGCUGCUGCUGGACCUGCCCAACGUGCAACUGCAUGAUGUGCUGAUUGUUAGCGAGAACUAAGGAGGAAACCAAGUGCCAUACCUUUCCCCGGCCGACUGACCGCUCUAGUGACCUGAAUUAAUUCGUUUUCUGAUGUCUCCGAAAUGUAAUAAUUAUAUAUAAUAAUUUCUUUCUUGUGUAAUCCCUAAA